AUGAUGGUACCCUCCCGCGAUCGGCAGGAGGAGGAGGACUCUGCCGUGCCCUCAUCGGCCUCGUGGCAUGUGCUGACACUUGUGUGCUCAGUGGUGAAGAGCCGCAAGAAGCGAGUGAGGGCGGAGACCGUGAAUCAGGAGGAUCUAGAAAAAGCAGCUGCUUUGGCGGUGCUGGACGAUGAUGACGGCCUGACGGAGGAGGAGCAGCGCCGUGCUGGUGCGCAUGAGCGGCUCAAGGAGGUCCUGGAUGGGACAGCACUGACUCGAGAUCUGGAGGCUGCCUUGGAGGAGGCAACGCAGGCCCAGGUCGAAGAUGAGCCUUUGCUCUUGACGGCAAGAUCUCGACUGCAAGAUCUGAAGGAUCGGGACGAUGCAAGCGACCACCUCAUGGCAGCUGUGGAAGAGGCCCGCCAGGGCUGCCGCGGCCCUGAAAACCUUCAAACUUUGCAGGAGGCGCUCGAAAAGGCCAAGGCGAAAGGCGUCGCGGAGAAAGAGCUACAACACGGCGAGCAGGUCUUGGCCGAGGAGAUGCCCCGUGCGCAGGCUCGGCAGCAGCUGAGAGACGCCCAAGCCAAAGGCAGCAGUGCCUUGCGAGAGGCCAUCGCUUUGGCAAAGGAGGCCCGCCUCCCCGGCGAAGAGCUCCGACCUUUCGAGGAGCUGCUUUCUGGCGCCGAGUCCAAGGAGGCUGCAGCAGCAGCGCUGAAAAAGGCGACGGACGCCCGAGACGUGGCCGCUCUCACCUUCGCCCUCCAGCAGGCCAAAGAAGCUGGCGUCGACCCCGAGCUCCUGGCAACCUCCGAGGCGGUUUUGGCCGUCGAGGCUCCCAAGCAGGAAGCUCGCGAGGCGCUGGCGACGCAGCUGGCCAAGGUGCACGCCGCAGGGGACAAGGGCCCCUCGCUGGAAGAGCUCACUGUGCUCGACUCGGCCAUCGAAAGGGCCCGUGCUGUGGAGCUCCCGGAAGCUGAGUUCGCGCAGGCCUUGGAGAUUUUGGCACAGGAGCAGCAGCGUGCCAUGUGCAAGAAGGAGGUAGCGAAAGUGGUGGAGAAGCUGAAGGACGUCGACCGGAACAGCAUGGAGGCCUUGGAGGAAGCCAAAGAGGAACUAUUCAACGCCCUCUUGGCCGCCAAGGCCGUCGAGGUGCCGUCCGCUGCCCUGCGGGAGGCCGACGGCUUGCGGAGGAGGAUCCACAACGCCUUGGAGGACUUGAAGGGGUCGAUUCGCGUCUUCUGCCGCAUCCGGCCGAUCAACAAGCGUGAGAAGGAGCUCCAGGACGUGGAUGUGACGGAGCUCGUAGACUCGAUGACCGUGAACACUCAGAAGCCCUCCUAUGGCUCGAUUGCAAACGACCCGGAGCAGUUCAACUUCGAUGCCGUCUUCAAGCCCGGCACGCAGGCAGAGGUCUUCGACACUUGCAAAGACUUGGUUCAGUCAGCCUUAGAUGGCUACAACGUGGCGAUGUUCGCAUAUGGGCAGACGGGCGCUGGAAAGACCUUCACCAUGUACGGCAGCAUUGGCCCCAGCCCGCAAGUCUACGUCCACCAGUGCGAGGCAGCGCAAAGCAAAGCUCGCAGGUGGAACUGGGGACAACGCAGGCACGGCUCCACGGACCAUUGCCGAAUUGCCGGUGCCUCAUCAACCGAGCGGUGCAGUUGGGAAGUGGAGAGCACCGAGGUACCGCUUGAUGAAGCAAGACGAGGAUCGAAUUCAAUUCACGGUGCCGCCCCGCAAGCGGUGACCUGA